ACAGAUUUCUUCGCCGGGCGGUUCUGGUUCUCCAGCUCAUGUCAAACUUUUAUAAAUGCACACUAGUAGUCACACGUUUAGGAAAAGAUGUGCAGUAAGAUAGCUACACUAAAAACUUUAAAUAUUAUUAAAUCAAAACGAUAAUACGUGCCGUCGUUAUUUUAUUAUUUCAGUACAGUACGUGCUACGUGGAGGGCGACAUUUCCCCCCCUCUCGCCGCUGUUACGAUACAUGAGGGAAAAAUGGCGAACUCGCCGUAGCAGCCUUGGACGCCGCUUUGGUUUGAGCCGCGUAAAGCUGAAGACGGCAGACGGUUUAGUGUCUUUGGACCUGGUGUUUUGAUCUUCGCAAGGACGGGGGUGGUAGGAGAGAGCUGUGCGUGGAACCACUGGUCGGAUAUGAACGGGGAAAUCAUAUGCUGUCCACAAUGUGUCACCGUUUCAAGUUGCCUUCAGUCCACGUCUCCGGUCCGCGAUGACAAGAUGGCGCAGCAGGGAAGAUGCCCUUCCCUGUGUUGUCAGACGAAUGAUGUCCAGAGGCUGGGAGAAGGCCGGUUGGCAAACGGCAUCGGCUCGAUGACGGAAGAUUGCAAUUCUUCGGAUGCUGCAAGGCAGCCGACCUCUUGCUGGUCAGACGAAUGCACAUCACCUCUACCGUUUCAACGUCGCCUUCAGCCUGCCACAGAGCGGCCCCCGCCAUUGGCUCCUGACAGGCCUCCGGCUCCUUUGCACAGCAGCAACCGAAGAACGGCCGUGUCCCACCGUUAUGAGAAGAAGAGAGUCCUGUCCAAACCCGCCCAAGGAAAAACCUCCCAGAACCGAAAAGUUACCGACUUCUUUCCAAUAAGGCGCAGCUCACGAAAAAGUAAAACGGAGCUCAAGUGCGAAGAGAAGAACCUCAUCGACCACCUCAUCACAAACGGGAUCGAGGAAGGAAUGCAGGUGCGGCACAUGGAGGGAAAGGGCCGAGCGGUGUUUGCCGCACGUCGCUUCCGCAAAGGCCAGUAUGUGGUGGAGUACCACGGUGAUCUCUUGGAGAUGGCAGACGCCAAAAAGCGCGAGGCGGAGUAUGCCCAAAACCCAGAGACGGGCUGCUACAUGUACUACUUUCAGUACCUCUGCAAAGCAUACUGCGUGGACGCCACCAAAGAGACCAAUCGUCUGGGGCGUCUGAUCAAUCACAGCAAGAGCGGCAACCUGCAAACCAAACUGCACGACGUGGACGGCGCACCGCAUCUCAUCCUGGUGGCGUCGCGGGACAUCGACGAGGGCGAGGAGCUGCUCUACGACUACGGCGACCGUAGCAAGGCGUCCAUCGCCGCGCACCCGUGGCUCAAACACUAACCCUGAGGAGAACCUCUUUUACUUUGAAACACUCCCCCCCCCAGAAGGUCACAUUGGGUGUUUUGGGUGACGGAUUAAUUUUUACCCAAUAUCCCCAAUUUUUUGGGAGCAGCACAUUCUGGUCUUAUUUAAUUUUUUUUAAUUUGGACAUUUUCUGGAGAUGACGCACUUGGGCAUGCUUCUACAGGUAGGUGCAGUUUUAUACAAUUUUCACCCUAAUUAAGGCACUAGUUUUUAAAGGACAUUGAAUUCACAUGAGAAUAUUCUCCACACGCCACAAUGGCAACAUUUUGGGCACUUGUCCCCCCCCCCACCCCCCUUUUUUUUUUUACACUUUGAUGAAUUUCAAACGUAUUGCUGUUUGGUUUUAGCUAAAAUUGCUUUUUUUUUUUAAACUUAACUAGCCGGGGCAGUGUUACAGUUUACAUUCGGGGCCACACUGAAAAUAAAGCAAUUGUACAACCAGGAAAGCAUCAAUGUCAUGAAAAUUCAGCCUGUAAUAUUGAAAAAGGAUUUGUCGUAAUGCCGAAAUUGUUUCUUAGCUGGUAAUUUAAAGUAUUCUACUCAUUAUAACCCUGUGCCGAUUGAACCGCUUCUCCGACAUAGUCUAGAAAGUAGUUUUAUUUUUUUAUAUGCAGCUGAAGGGUUGUGUAAAAAUAGAACAACUCACACUUACCAACAUAUUCAAUAUAUUAUUGAAUUUCAGAAGAAACAAGCAUCUCGUUAGCAUCAUGUGGCUCUCUUUAAAAUGUUUUGUUUUUCUAUAUUUCUAUACCGGUAUAUAUAUUUUUCAUUGACUUAUUGCAAUAAUAGCCAUCAUCAUCAUCAUCAUCGUAGGUGCUACAUCAUCCAAUAAAUCUUAAUGCUGGUCUUGAGGACAACUAACACUACACUUGUCUGCCGCCCAUCAUUAAAAAAUAAGAUCUUUUUCUUCUGCAUAGAUGACAAGUAAUCAGUACACUAAAAUCAGGACUUUGUUGUCCAGUCAGCCUAUAUUAUGUGUGCAGUUAAUAUCUUUAAAAAAAAAACAAAAAAAACGUUUCCGUCACAAAGCUGAUGUCGGGCUACGCAAAACGGUUAAUAAAAACAACGGAAAAUAAGUUACAAAGUUAUAAACAAGGCCAUAUUCACGAGUCACACAGCGUUCCAAAUUCUUUCUUGUGUACGUUUGUUAGUGUUGAUAUCAGUUGUAUGUAUAGUUUCCCUUCAGUGCAGAGGUGGGGAACAUUUUUCCACGCAGCGCCCACAAAGACGUACAGCCAAGCAUUUUUGGGUCGAAGUGGCCAUUUGAGACAUUUCUAGCGGUCCUUCGGGGAGACUCGUGUUUUGUGUUUUCAAUUAGCCCCCCAAACCACCAAUCAAUAUCAAAUUGAGAAUGUCUACCAACAAUAGCAUGCGCCAGAAAGUCUCAAGGACCCCCGGCCCAAAUGGAAGCAGCCAUUUUGGAGUCAAUUCCAGGGCUUGAACUGGCAAACUUCUAUUAUGAACCCACCUUCAUUUGUUUCCAAGAAAAUGCUAUGAUUGGCUGUAGGUCCCCCCCCCUUUUCAGUCUUUCAAGAGCCGUAUGUGUAAAUGCCAGGGAAGAGAAUUAAAUAAUGCCUCCGUAUGUCACAGUUAUGCUUGAAGGGAUCGGGCCCAUGGGAAACGCGCAUAAAUAAUAACGACCUUUGUUUGAAGGGGGCGGGGUUGGGUCUCAGAGGUGACGGCUAAACGUGCGGUAAGGCCUCCUGCGCUUGUUCGGUGAACGCGUCGUCAUGCGCGUUGCCACGCUGCCAACUCCGCUGCUUGUCACGGGAAAACAAACUAAACCUGAGAACACAAAGAAAGAACUCUGUGUCACGUGAAAUUGGGUGUUUAUCAUGAGUAGACCCACAAAAAAAGUCCCAGGGAGCCGUGGCUGAAAACGGACAGGAAGUCUGCCAUUUUGGUUCAAAGUGGCCAUUUUGGCUGAGGCCAGAAUUGUAAAAAGAAUGCGGUGCCCAAAGCCAGUUUCAAUUUAGCUAAAUUUGCGUCUACAACGCGUCUACCAAGAGGAGACCAAUAGAAAAGUGUCAAGAGACCGCCAACCAAAGAGGACAUUUUCGGGUAAUUUCGCCUUUUCCAGAUUUGGGAGAAACUUGAGCCACUAAAGUCUGUUUCAAAUGUGUCACUUGGCAACCUGACAUCCGGUAGCCAACUUGUUCACGAGUGGACUGCCAUGCUUGAAAAGACCCAGGAGGUCAACCAUUUUGGUUUGUAGUCAGGAUUUUAAGCUCCCGCCAGAGAAUUCCCAGGAGCAAACGAUUAUGACCAAAUUUGAGUCCUGUAAUUCGAGAAAUUGGCGACGUGAAAUGACCAACAAUUUUUUUGUGCGGGCAACGUUUGACCACUCAUGAUGAAAUAAGACGUUCAAUGAGGUCAGAGCAAGUUUCACUUCAGAACCUGUAGUUGGGUCGGCAUGUCCGUCACGAGUGUUUGGAAAACCAUGCUUGAAAAGUCUGCAAUUUUGGUUUGCACAUUUGGGAGUCAUUUCCUUGACAAACUCUUCCAAGGGAUUUUGCCCGAGAUCUUUUGAAAACAUCUCCGUGGACACAUUCGAUUAGUUUUUAGUGUCAAACCACACCAUUGCCAUCGUUAAGCUAUCUGACUGGGAUUUGUCGGGAAUUAAGAGGAGGUUAGAGUGGGGAAAAACAAAAAAACCAAAUGGGGUCAUACGAGCGCCGCAAAGCCUCGGGCAGGCUGUAAAGUGGGAUCGCCUCGGAUCAAACCAGCCGCCACCAUGGGCAUGAAAGCCGUGAAGAUCCUGUCACAGAGAGGAGGGGAGGCGGGGGGGGGAGGGGCAACAAGGACCUUGUCAAAGCCUUCACCUUGACAAAAGUGACCACAAAUUGCACAAUGCCGGUCUUUGACCUUCCGUUCAAUGUUCGGCAAGGCCCCUCCUGUCCAUUUUCAAACCUCGUUUAAAGACGCAUCAUUAGUCCUUGGCUUUCGACCCAACGGGAGAUUGACACUGUUCUAUUGUUUCCUGGUGUCUCCCGUGUGUGUGUCAGUAUCAUUUACUUGUGUUUUAAUUCACUGUUUUCACUUUUUUUGCUUGUUGUAUUGUUGUUAUUUUUGCUUCUGUGUAAAGUGCUUUGUUACAGCUGCAAAGGAACGCGCCAUAUAAAUUGUUGUUUUGUAUUUUAAGCCUCUUACUUGGCCAUGUAAUUGUUGAUGUAUUUGUAUAUUUUGUACACUAGAUUGUAAAUAUAUUUUGUUGUAUUUAUGUA